AUGAUGGAGCUCAUGAACUGCAUCGCAUCCAUGAAUGUUUCCAACUACCAAAUGUCGACGAAGCAGAAGCUUCUUCUCAUUAUGCUUGUUGAUGGUGAACACUGGCGUGCACAUGAUCGUCAAAUGUUCUACUAUGAGAAUGGUGUGUGGAAGAUGAAGCCGUCUCUCACCAUCGAAGUCUGGGAUCUAUUUCUUGCUGUUGAAGGUUUGUUGUUGACCGUCUCGAAGCACUUCGAAGAUCAAGAAGGAGAUGCAAGACCAGCAUGGAAUUGGAAUGCUAUUCGGGAUGUUGUCUCUGAUACGAUCCAAGGACAUGUCCAUGACGCUCUCCAUUUCUUCGGGAAUGUAGCCAAAGAAGCAAGUGACCAUCUGCGGCAAGUCACAUCCAACAAGGCAUGGAAAGCACUUUGGCUUCGUCGAUGUGCAGACAUGCUGGCUUCAUUCCGAGUGAAUUGGGAUUCGAACAAGGUCCAGUCACUCUCAAAGCUUUUUCUUCUUGAAUGGGAUACUCCAUUGCCAAAGUCACAGGGUGUUUGCUUCAGAGACGUGUACUUGGAUGCAGAUUGGAAACCUGCAAGCAAAAGCCCGUCCAAUGACUGCUACAUGCAUGUGGACUAUGCCUUCUACAUAGAAAACCUCUUGCAGGAGUAUCCGAACAUCAAUCUCCAACAGCAUCAAGAAGGAUUACGUUUGUUCUUGGAGUCGCUCUACUUUCAGAACGAACAUAUCUUUCAAGUGAAACUUUGUUUUUUACAUGCCGCAUUCAAAAAGGCUUGCACUUCAAAGAUGAUCUUCGAGAUUGGCAAAGGCGGCGAUGGCAAGGGGAUGGAAGCUUAUCUUGAUCGUGCUGUAUUAGGUGAAGAUCAAUCUGCAACUUUGGAUUGUGGCGUGUUCUUGGAUCGACAGGAGUUCCGCAAGUCUGCCGAGUUCGCAUGGAACAAGGCGAAUGUGCGUAUCCAGGAAAUGGAUCAGCACGCAAGAUUCGUUGCAGAUCUUUGGAAAAGAUUCAUCGUCGAUGAAGAAAUAGAUUGUCGUGUCAAUUAUGGAUUUACAUCCAAACGACGAUUUGGGUCAUCUAUGAAAGUUCAGGAACUCAACUUUGAGAACAUCCCGACCAUCGAGGAGUGUCGAGAUCGACUCCAGGCUUGUGAGCAUCUCAAGCGUCGCAUCGUUUGCUUUCGUAUGGGGAAGGCUCGCUUCGUGCUUGACGACCAUGCAGUGAACUAUGAACACGGGGUUUUCCGUCUCAUUCCGCAAGAUGAGCUGGUCCCUUUCUUGACACAUCCUGCAACGGCUUCAUGUUUCUUUCGAGAUUGGUGCUUGCCCUUCUUUCAGGAAAACUCUUUGGAUGAAUGUUUGAAAAUGAUCCUGGAUCUUAGCCAUGUACAUGAGGACUUGGUCAACGACACCAAUUGGUUGGCUUCUCGCUUGUCCGGCUGGAAUGGCCCUCCUCCAGGCACAGACAUUGACCUCCAGACAGAGAACGACGAAUUGAUCACGAUCGUGCAUCGGAAAACGCCCAUGAAGACAUUCAUCAAGGAGUAUCUCAUUUCAAAGGUUGAAGAUAUUCCAGGAGCUGUGCAGUCUACCCGUGGUCGACGAACCAAGUUGCAGUUCUUUCUUUCUGCCUUGGACCACUCCACCAUCAAACUCUUUCGUCAACAUGAUCAGCAUGCUUUCGAGAAACUCUUGGUGGAUUGGGCUUCUUUGGCUGCAGCUAUGGAUGCUCAUGGUGGUGCGCUUGCUUUCGGUCAGUGGAAAGAUUGGGGCUGCACCUUUGAUCUGCGGCAUCUGCAGCAAGAAUGGGAGUCAAAUCUCUUUGUGGACUUGCAAAAUGAAUGUCAAGGAAAUGUCACUCAUCACGGAAGUCUCUCAUCUCAAAUCCGGCCGACUGUAGCAACAUUGCAGGAAACAGUGGACUUGGAGGCUUUGCAAGCCUACUUGGAAAGUGGCUCAGACAGAAGGACUUCGCAGCUUCGGGCCUAUGUUGAUCGUCAUGCUUCUGAAGGAGUUCGCGUGUGGCGCUUUUCUACUAUCUCUGUCGAGUACUACAAGGCCCCCAAUUAUGGUCGUUUACUUGCUCGUGGCCCUGCUGCACAAAAACUCACUCGAGAAGCUCGUGGAAAAGCCUUCCCCCAUGCCAUUGAGAUUGAUGCAGCUUGUUGCCAUCCUCGUCUUCUCUUGCGAAAACUUCGAGAUAUGGGAUUGGACGAGGCAGGUAGUUUCCAGAUGCUUCGUCUCUUCUGUGAGAACUACAAGUCAUGGCGGUCAGUUUUGGCUCAGUAUCUUUGCGUUGAUGUCCAGGAGGCAAAAAAGGAACUUCUCCGCAUCUUCUACGGUGGCAACCCGCGUUUCGAUAUUCCAUGGCUCCGCAAGCUUGGGGAAGAAGUUCAGGCAGCUGCUCAUCUGAUUCUACAAGAUCACAGACAUACUCAUCUUUCUGAUUUGUACAAUGAUCGCAGACAUCCUGAAUUCAGUCGGCUUUGUUCUUUGCUAUCAUUCGAUGAAGCUGACCUAUUGGACACCAUUCGGACCCAUGCGCAUGUGAAAAUGGAGGUUGCUCUCUUUGACGGAGGCAUUGUGUCGUGCACAUCUGUGCAAGAUCUCUUUUGGUUGCAUCGUGCUUGCGCAGAAACUUCCCACAACAUCAUCCCCGUCGAGAUCAAAAGUGAGCCGCAAAGUAUGAAGACUUUCUUGCAUAUGUUGGUGUGCAAGAACAUCGUGAACAUGAUGGAAGUCGAAAUUCCUUCCACUCCGGCAAACUGUUUGCUCUUUGCUGUUCAAGGUGUUGCACCUCAUGUUGAUCUCAGUAGUUUGCGCCAAGUUUUGCAAGACAAGCCAGAGUCCUCGCUUUCCGCUCAUCAAUUCAAUGAAGCUUUGGCAGAUGCAGACUCUGCAGCCGACACUGCUUGGCAAUUGCAUUGCAUCUCCAAGGAUGAGUUGCUCUCCGUUGUCCCAGCGCACCCGAUCCUUUGUCAUGAACGUUCUGGAGAAUGUCAAGGACACUGGUGGUCCUUUGUGAUGAUUGAGGAUGAGGCAAGGCUAUUUGAUUCUGAGAUUCCUUCUUUCGAAGUGACUGCUCGAUGGGAAACCUUUGCAUCUGCUUUGGAAAAAUCUGAUGCAUUGACUUUCUUCGAACUGAAACAGAUGCACUUGAAGACGACUUUCUUCGAACUGAAACAGAUGCACUUGAAGACGGAAAUGUCGAUGUCAGAGGCAUAUCACUUGCAAGGUCGUGGCCGUGCGGAUGGAUCCUCCACAGUGAAGUCCGUGCGAACACCCCUCAAGAAUUGUGCUCUGUGUCCCGAGACUGUCCUGCACCAGCCUAUGCGAUGUGGACAGAAGUCAUGCCAAGCCUCCCACUACUACAACUUCGUGUGGAGCAACGGCAUCAAGACCAAUUCGCUCGAUCCCAACCAGGCCGAGUAUAUCUUCGUGACCGCCAACACCGGGUUCCACGUCUCCUUCCUUGCUUAUCACGAUGCCCUGCAAUUCAGAGGCUACUUGAGCAAUCACGCCAUCGCCUGGUCCCAAACGAACGCAUUAUGGGCAGAUGACCAUGCACAUGCUCGAUUUCACAAGGACUAUGCAUUGGCUCAUGAUCCUGUGCAUGAAGGGCAUCUUCGGGACUUCCACCGAUGGUGGCAAACCAUCGAAACUCCCCAUCGCAUGUCGCAGUCUGUCAAAGAGAUCGCUGUCGAUGGCCACGAGAAGAUCGCCACAAAGUGCUAUCAUGAAGCACCAGCUCGCGGUGGUCGUCCUCGGAAGGAUGGCCAUGUCAAAUUGUUCUACAACGGCUGGUUCAUGGCGACACACCCUGGGACCGGAGUCAUCCUAGGCCUUUUUGAGAUGAAAGAUCCAGAGAAUUCGGAUGUUGCCGCUCAUCAACUGGGCGAUCGCUUAGCUGGACGAGUGGAUGUGCCCGACCAUCCCGUCAUUAACUUGCUGAAGUCGCUUCCACCCUUCAAAGGCUCGCCCCUUCCAGAUUGGAUUCCCGGAAGCGUGUGCGAGCUGCAUACGGGGAAGGUUGGCGGCGUUCUGAAGGGUGGCCGCUUCCUGUUGCAGCGCCCUGCUGGGGCGGUGCCGGAGCGAUUAGCCCUGGAAAGUGAGAUGUUGCUGACGCACAAAGAGCGGAGACGCAGCACAGCCAUAGCAGCGACACUAGGCGUUGCUUUCGCAGCGUUGGUGGGUGUCUCGCUUCACCUUCGCGAGUGGCUGCGUGGGCAAACUGAAGUGAGCAGAAAAACCUGGCCUCAACUUGGAGUUUGGUUGCUCUAUGCGCCUGUGCUAGUGACUCCUGCCUCAGCGUUGCCCUGCUACGGCUUGUCCAACAGUCCGGGCAGCACCUUCUGUGUGGUUGCAGCCAUCAACCUGCUGUUCUAUUCUGAUUUGUUCAGCGAAUGA